GAAUAUAAAGACACACAAAGCUUUCACUAGCAAGAGUAGUGUGUGUUUCUUCAUAACCCAACCCAAUCUAUUGAUUCAUCUCCCUUUCUUGAUAAAGAAGGCUUUAUAGCUAGAAGAGAAGCCACUUGGGAGGAGAUCAUCUUUCACAUAGGCUACAAACAAUGAAUGAUAUGUUAGCUUCAGAAUGUAGCAGUGGUUGUGAGUCUGGUUGGACACUCCUCUUAGAACACUCUUUUCUCUCUCCUCCAUAUCCCUCCCAUGGAGGAGGAGCCCAUGAGUUAGUUGAUGGAAGGUCUGUUCACACUCACAGUGAUGAGAAUGAGGAAGAGGAUUUAUCAAUGGUUUCUGAUGCAUCUUCUGGGCCACCAGUUUUUCAUGAAGAUGAAUACUAUGGAAAUGCUGACAAUGGGUUUUUCUAUCAUCCACCCAUUGAACCCACAUUGCCAAAUAACAGUGGAAAGAGAAAGAAAAUCAAAGAAAAUCGGCGUCGGAACGACGAAGAACACCCUUCUUUCCUUGAUGACACUGCUAGCUCUCCUAUCUUCAACUUAUCAUCCCAGAAAAAUUUCACACUCACCACCGCCACCAACAACAACAACAACAAAGCUUCUUCAAUGGAGAAAAUCUUGGAGUUUUCAGAAGGGUGCUCUGCAACCCAUUUUGAGAUCAUAUUGUUGCAGGGGAGAUCUGCAUUUCAUGAGCCUUUUGGCUUCUUUCAGUCUCCACUCUCUGCAAAUCAAUUACAGCAAAACCAGUGGUUUGGAGGGAAGAUGGGGAUGAGAUGAGGAGAUGGUCACAACCAUUGCUGCUGCUGAUGCUGAUGCAGAUGCAGACUGUUCACGUUGUAGAAGUUGCUUUGAAAGAGGAAGAAGAAGUGGUGGGUGGGUGAGGGUUGUCAAAGCAAAAGGAAUUGGAUCUCAAAAGGGAUCUUGUUCUUUUUCCUUUUCUUUUCUUCUCUUUUUUCUUCUUCUUUUUCUUUUUGCUGUCAAUGCAUUGGGAAACAACCUGAUAGAGCAAAAGUGUGAAAUAAAUUUCCUGUUUAUGAGAAUUUAAUUUUCUUGUCAA